AAAAUGACCGCAUCAAAUACGCAAAGCGAUUAAAUCUCUGCAUUACAUGUGCAGAAGGCUUUACAUUCAGGGGAAAUAAAUAAUCGUCAACUGAAACUGGAACUAAUCUUUCAAAAAGUGAAGUGGUCUAUCUGCACUUUUUUGUGAUUGGUUGACUUGACGCUCACCUGUAACAGCGCUGUCAGCAGAGAGCUGCCAAAGCAGGAAGUGGCGGUUAAAGACCAAAUAUGUGAAAACAACGUUACGACCAGCGGUGGACACAACUGAGGUCUCAUUUCCUCUCACUCUCUUUCGGUCUUUCAUUUAUUUUGCCGGUCAUUAGGAGUUUUGAAAUUUCACCUCGAUCAGGUAAGACAGCCGUGGGGUGUUGCAGCAAUUAAUUGUUUGCUCUGUUUCCUGCAACCUCGCCAUAAACAACCAAGAGAACGUGAGGCAGACAUUUUUUCUUCCACUCUAAACCGUCAAAGAUUGGGGCUGCGACUCUGGCGUGGAAAACAAGCCCUCCAAUGUUGUAAGUGUUGAGGAGGUCAGUGGACGGGGCCGAGUUGACAGAGCCAGGACGCUAUGUCUCAUACCCAGUCAGACGGCCGUGCGGGUGACCAGGUCCCUUUGAUUUUGGAGAGCCCUUUUUCCACGGUACUCCAUAUUUCUGAGCCUGGCGAUGAAUGUUGCCAGUCACAAAGCUCCCACACUGUACAGCAAGAGGCCUGCAAAAGCCAAGAGGAUGGUAAUAGCAGGCUGGUGGUGCCCCAAUCUCUUAUUUUGAGCACCCAAAGUCCAGUGGCCCAGAAGCUCGGCAGUCACCAGAUCAUCCCCAAAAACCUAGCGGUGACCAGCCGGCCCAAAAACCGUCAUCACACCACUGUGGUGACAUUCCCUGUUGGACUGGAGAAUUCCUGUCACGGAUCCCGAAUCCGACACUCAACGCAGGGGCCUGAUGUGAGCUGGGAGGACUAUGACAGUGAUGGAGAUGGCUUCGCUUUGAGGAGGAACCGGAGGAACAAGUCCUACAGAGCAGCAGUGACCAGCCUGGACAUUGAUGCCAUGGCGAGGGGAAAAGAGGCUGUUAACACACUCAAACCUGUAAAAGAAGGCCGAGCAUCCAGUCCCUGUGCAGCUCGCAGCCCUGGACGGAAGCGAACCCUAGGGAGAAGGAGGAACCGCAACCAGCGAGGGUCAUUCAAAGAUGCAACGCCGCGCCUCUACCAGGAGAUCCGAGAGCGUGGUUUGCACUCCACCAAUCAGGAUGAGCUGCUGGAUGACUUUGUGGUGGUGGAAGCGCCGGUGGAGGACCAGAGCAUUGUGGUAAAGAGCUACAGGCCGGCGCAACUCACCUGGAGCCAGCUGCCACAGGUGAAGGACAAUGGGAUCCUGAACAUGAUCUCACCUCAAGAGAGAAAAAGACAAGAGGCAAUCUUUGAAAUAAUCACAUCAGAACACUCCUACCUGCACAGUUUAAGCAUCCUGGUGCGACAUUUUAAGGAGAAUGAAGCUCUGAAGAGGACCAUGACAACAACUGAGCACCAUCACCUCUUCUCCAACAUCUCUGUUAUCCACCAAGUCAGCAAACGCUUUUUUGAGGAUCUCGAGCGACGUCACUAUGACAACCCUGUAAUCAGGGAUAUUAGCGACAUUGUUCAGAACCACGCCGCCCACCACUUUGACCCUUACAUCGUCUACUGUUCCAAUGAGACCUUUCAGCAGAGGACAUUGCAGAAGCUCCUGAGCAGUAAUGGUGCAUUUAAGGACACCCUAAAGCAAAUUGAAGGGAGCAGUGAAUGCGGAGGCCUUCCAAUGAUCUCUUUUCUCAUUCUUCCCAUGCAACGGGUUACCAGACUGCCACUGUUGCUGGAUACUAUUUGCCAGAAGACACCUGACAAGACCGCUGAGUAUUUUGCUGCGGUCUGGGCGUUGCAUGCCAUCAGCAAGUUGGUCAGCAGCUGCAAUGACGGUGCUCGGCGGAUGGAGAGAACAGAGCAGAUGUACACCAUUCAGAAACAGAUGGAGUUUGGUAAAAUCAAGCCAUUUCCACUGGUGUCGUCAUCACGCUGGCUAAAGAAAAGCGGCGAGCUGGCUGUCGGCGGUGAAGAGCUAAGUAUCUGGAGGGCCUUCAGUAACAGGAGCAACUACGUGUUUCUCUUCAAUGAUGUACUCAUUGUCACCAAGAAGAAGAGUGAGGAGAGCUUUGUGGUGAUGGACUACGCCACCCUAGAGAACGUGGAAGUGGAAGUCAGCCAGGAAACGGACAGUCAGACAUCGUCACCCGGCAAGAACAGCGCCAGCCAGUAUCUGUCCUUCAGGCUGCUCAUGAGCAAGAACAGCGAGGGCCGACCAGAACGCAUUACCCUUGUGGCAGAGUCGAGGGUGGAUCGGGCCCGUUGGAUAGUCGCGCUCACUGAACACAAGCAGACAGAGUUUUUCUCCUGUAAAGACGAUCUGUCCCAGUAUGAGGCCACCAAAGCCUACAUGCCCAAAGAGCCUGACGAGCUAGGACUACGGCAAGCAGAGCUUGUUAUUGUCCAAACGAAGGAGGAAGACUGGUGCUACGGGGAGCGCAUGCGUGACGGCGAGAGAGGCUGGUUUCCCACCAACUGUGCCACAGAGAUCACCGACCCCACAGCCAUUGAGGACAACAUGCAACGAAUGAGGCGCCUGCGCAAAGAAACCAACGUUUGAGAAUAGGAUAGGCCUGGAACAUUUAUCUGCAAGAACGCUUGGGAAGUCAAAGGAUUCUCUUUCAAUCUCAUACAAGCAGUAAAGAGGACCUUGCUAUUGUGGCAAAGAUGAACAACCUUUGAGAUGAAACAGUACGUUCAGCCCAGCUGAUUUGAUUAUAUCCAUGAAGAUGUACAAUGAAAUCAGUUGUUCAUUUGGCGAAGCCAUUUUCAAAAUUGGAUCGAUUUUAUUUUUGGACACAAUUGUACACUGUGAUGUUGAAAAACUUCUGUUUGCAAAUUUAAGUAACACAUGGUAAUCACUUUUUUUUUUUUUUUUAAUCAUGCAGUGUUGCCUGUAGAAUUUGAAAAUUUUGUUUUGGAAUAAAUCAAAAGCGUAAUUCAGAACCUUCCCAUAUUUAUUUCCUUAUGAAAACAACUGAAAUACUGUACCAUUGUUCCAAUGACAUUUUUUCCAUUAACCAAAUAAUUGUAAAAGCAAACAUUUCGAGGAUGAUGCACAUGAUCUCUCGCUCAAGGGCAAGAGUGGGCAAAGUAUGUCCAAGGGGCUACAGACAGCUCUGUUCUAGAUCUCAAGUCCUGGAACAUUAAAACACAUUCGAGGUUGAGUAAAAUAAAAAUGCAUAUUCAUGAGUUCUUUUUAACUGGCCGUUUAAAAAUAUUUUUAUUAGUGAAUAGUUUGUUCAAACCUGUAUCAAAUUUCACCUUUUUACAAAUUGAAAAUGAAAUGUAGCCCUUGAGCAUUAAAGUUUGCCCAGCCCUGAUCUAGCAGAAUGCUAGUUUAGGACAAUCAUUGUGAGGGUUGCCAUAUUGUUAGCAACUAUAAUAACCAAGAUCAGUCUAAGUAUGGCUUGUGUACAUUUGUGAAACCUUGAAUUAGCUUCUGGCUGCCUACUUCCAAUAAAUAUACACACAAAAACAAAACACUCAAUAGUCCCUGGUUUUUGGACUUUUAUUUGAGCUUGCAUUUUGUUAAAAUGUUUGAAAUAGAUAAAAAGUUAUUUAAAAAUGUCAAACUGCCCAGAUAUCAAAUUUAUAGCUUUUUUCUUGAAAAAUCAUUUGGUGUAAAAACUUAGGACAGAUUUAGAAAAACAUGUCGUUU